AGGGCAGAAGCCACCGCCGCCCAGCGACACCUGGCUGUUUUGAUCUACAAUGCCCAAGGCAAAAUCCCUCUGGCUUCACUCGCAGCUUGGGCCUUGCCUGGACACCGUACGCACACCUGCGUCACCACUCAUAUUCACUCAUUUGAGUUUCUUGGGAGAUCCGAUGGGACAAGGCAGUAGGCAUAAGAACUGAGCUCUUGAUUAGCGUGGGGCACAGUAAGACUCUCGCUGUCUUGAGCUAGACAUAGGUAUUUUUAAAUUCUUGGGGAGAGCCUGAAGCACCCCAGAGUAGCCAGUGCCUCCAGAUUCCGGGCACUGGGAUUGGGUCGGAGAACCGGACUGAUCUAGCCCGCUGAUGCUCCUCUACCCCAAGGCAGAUUUUAUUGGCUCAAAGGGCUCAUCCUCUUCAGGAUCCCUCUUGCCUUCUGGGGCCGAGCGUGGCCAUUUGCCCACAAACCCCUGACCUAGACGCAGCACGGUUUCCUGCCUAUUAGGAAUCUAGGCGAGCGCAGGGUAAGGCUCCUGGAUAGGGGAACUCAGAGCCCCGCCCCACGCUAUUGAACAGAGACCUAACUAGCUGCUAGGCUUCCAGAACCCGCCUGGUCCCUUCUUGUGCAAACCUAGUCCGACCCCGAACCCUCACUGCGCGUGCGUAGCCCCGCCCCACCUGCGCUACGGGCGUCUAGUGACGUCACCAGCUCUGGAGCGCCCUCUGGUGGCCUCGGGCUCAACCCCACCAGGCUGUUCUUGGAAAAGCCCGAGGGGGCGGUGGGCGGCAAUAACCCUCUGAGCUGCUUCCCUGGCGCCCGCUCCGGGGCUGGCAGUGGAUGGGCGGCCGCGGGCCGCGGGGCAACAGGCGGGGAACGGGUGCGAGCUGGGACCGGGCGGGGCGGGCGCGCAGAGGGGCCGCGGGGCGGCCGGGCGGGGCGCGGGCCGGCGGUUUGGGAGGACGCCCCGCGUCCAAGAGGUGAGCCGGGCCCUGACGCUGCGCGGGUUCCGCGUCCCUGUUGGCGCGCCAUGGCGGAGACCAAGAUCAUCUACCACAUGGACGAGGAGGAGACGCCGUACCUGGUCAAGCUGCCCGUAGCUCCCGAGCGCGUCACGCUGGCGGACUUCAAGAACGUGCUCAGCAACCGGCCGGUGCACGCCUACAAAUUCUUCUUCAAGUCUAUGGACCAGGACUUCGGGGUGGUGAAGGAGGAGAUCUUCGAUGACAAUGCCAAGUUGCCCUGCUUCAAUGGCCGGGUGGUGUCCUGGCUGGUCCUGGCUGAGGGCGCUCACUCGGAUGCAGGGUCCCAGGGCACUGACAGCCACACAGACCUGCCCCCACCCCUUGAGAGGACAGGCGGCAUUGGGGACUCCAGGCCCCCCUCCUUCCAUCCAAAUGUUGCCAGUAGCCGUGAUGGAAUGGACAAUGAGACAGGCACAGAGUCCAUGGUCAGUCACCGGCGGGAGCGAGCCCGACGUCGAAACCGUGAUGAGGGUACUAUGGCUGUGCCUGCCCAGAUCUGGAUCCCAGACUUCCCUUGGAAUCCCUUUGCUGCCCGGACCAAUGGGCACCUGAGGGGGGACCGGCGACGGGACCUGGGACUGCCUCCAGACAGUGCAUCCACUGUACUGAGCAGUGAGCUGGAAUCUAGCAGCUUUAUUGACUCAGAUGAGGAGGACAACACAAGCCGGCUGAGCAGCUCUACAGAGCAGAGCACCUCCUCUCGGCUAAUUCGCAAGCACAAAUGUCGUCGGCGAAAGCAGCGUUUGAGGCAGACAGACCGGGCAUCCUCCUUCAGCAGCAUCACCGACUCCACCAUGUCCCUGAACAUCAUCACCGUCACUCUCAACAUGGAGAGGCACCACUUCCUGGGCAUCAGCAUCGUGGGCCAGAGCAACGACCGGGGUGAUGGCGGCAUCUACAUUGGAUCCAUCAUGAAGGGCGGGGCUGUGGCUGCUGAUGGCCGCAUUGAGCCAGGCGACAUGCUGCUGCAGGUAAAUGACAUCAACUUUGAGAACAUGAGCAACGAUGACGCUGUGCGGGUGCUUCGGGAGAUCGUAUCCCAAACGGGGCCCAUCAGCCUCACAGUGGCCAAGUGCUGGGACCCAACCCCUCGGAGCUACUUCACCAUCCCAAGGGCUGACCCAGUGCGACCCAUCGACCCGGCCGCCUGGCUGUCCCACACAGCAGCAUUGACGGGUGCUCUGCCCCGCUAUGGUACGAGUCCCUGCUCCAGCGCCAUCACACGCACCAGCUCUUCCUCACUAACCAGCUCAGUGCCUGGCGCCCCACAGCUUGAGGAGGCACCACUGACUGUGAAGAGUGACAUGAGCGCCAUUGUCCGGGUCAUGCAGUUGCCAGACUCAGGACUGGAGAUCCGGGACCGCAUGUGGCUUAAGAUCACCAUUGCCAAUGCUGUCAUUGGGGCGGAUGUGGUGGACUGGCUGUACACACACGUGGAGGGCUUCAAAGAACGAAGGGAGGCGAGGAAGUAUGCCAGCAGUAUGCUGAAGCACGGCUUCUUGAGGCACACAGUCAACAAGAUCACCUUCUCUGAGCAAUGCUACUAUGUCUUUGGGGACCUGUGCAGUAACCUUGCAUCCCUGAACCUCAACAGUGGCUCCAGUGGAGCCUCAGAUCAGGACACACUGGCCCCACUGCCCCACCCAUCUGUACCCUGGCCCUUGGGUCAAGGCUACCCCUACCAGUACCCAGGACCCCCGCCCUGCUUCCCACCUGCUUACCAGGACCCUGGCUUCAGUUAUGGCAGUGGCAGUGCUGGGAGUCAGCAAAGUGAAGGCAGCAAGAGCAGUGGGUCCACAAGGAGCAGCCAUCGGACCCCAGGCCGAGAGGAGUGCCGGGCAGCUGGAGCUGGGGGCAGUGGCAGUGAAUCAGAUCACACGGCACCAAGUGGGUCUGGUAGCACUGGCUGGUGGGAGCGUCCUGUCAGCCAGCUUAGUCGUGGCAGCAGCCCUCGAAGUCAGACCUCGGCUGUUGCCCCAGGGCUCCCCCCACUGCACUCCCUGACAAAGGCCUAUGCAGUAGUGGGUGGGCCACCUGGAGGGCCACCUGUCCGGGAGCUGGCUGCUGUUCCUCCAGAACUUACAGGUAGCCGCCAAUCCUUCCAAAAGGCCAUGGGAAACCCUUGUGAGUUCUUUGUGGACAUUAUGUGACCAUCAACCACUGUUUUUUUCAGUGCUGCCUGUGGCAAGAGUCUGUGGUCCUGCUGUGCCAGGAUCUCUGUGGGCUUGCCUUAGUGGUGGCUAGCCAGGAUAGGAUGAACUGUGGGGUAUGGGCCAUGGCAGAGGGAGCAGGCUACGGAAGAAGGGCUGAGGGUGGCAGCCUUUCUACUAAGAUAUGGGCGUGGCACUCUGCCUGUUCUGUUCUGUAGCUCAAGUACAUGUAGAGUCUUGUGAGGAGACAUAUCUGUCUUCAGGUCCUCAGCACAAGUCUCAGGGUCCACCUUCUGGUUCCUUUUUUGGAAGUGACCUCCAUUUAGCACAAGAAAGACUCGUGGGCCCUGUGCCCCACCUCACCCCCAAACUCUCUCAGAACUGUGCACAGGGGCCCAGGCUGAUUCUCAUUGAGUUCAUGGGCCUCACCUGUCAGGCCAAGGUGGGGUUCUUCAGGAGUUAGAAAGAGCCCUUAAACUUCUCUGGUUGCCCACAUGGGAUCUAACUUAUUUAUUUAUUGCUAGCAUGCCUGCUCUGAAGGUGGCAGCUGGUUACCUGAUGGGGGCAGGUGCAUGUCCCUUUCCCCACUUGGUACUCAGCACAUAACAACACAAUUUGUACGGAAAGUAUGUGGAGGAUGGCUAGUACUGGAGACAAGAGGCCAGGCACCUGUAUACUGUCUCAGCCUCAGUGGAGGGGUGAUAGUGCACAUAAUAGCUGCAGAGAUGGGAUCCUGCCCUGUCAUUGCUAUCCUGAUAGCUGCCCACCAGCUUGUGCCAUGGCAUCCUGGCAUGGCAGCCCCACACAUCUGCACUGUAGAUACUAUGUCAAAGUCUGAGCAACUGGGUAGUUCAAAUAGAGCUGCUUCUGUGUAAAUGCUGCUUCUGUGUAAAUGCUAUUUUAAACACUAAAAGGCGUUUAAUUUUAUGGGA